AUGUCUUCAUCAGCGUCGGCCAUUGCAACGGCAACCUCACGGGCAACACAGUACACAGUCCUCAACGCGUCGCUAGAAAAACUGCAAAAGAAUCUCGAACAGCUCGAACAGAAUGUCGAGGUGACGGUGAUCCAUACCGAAUGGACGAAACGAUUGCUCACGAUUCAUUCCUCCCUGUUGAUGGCGUCGUCAAAGGUCUUGGAUGACGGAGAACACCAUCAGCAACCACGGCAAGGAAGUCACAUGUCGUCUUCACAGGAGCAGGAAGGCGAAUACCAGGACGACUCAUGA